GGCUGGGGACGCGGCCAGCGGCACCUCGGCCCUGAGGCGGCGGGGGCGGCGGCGGCCGGAGCUGAGCCAAGCCCGGAAGCCGCGACUUGCGCCCGGGUUCUGCGUUGCACGGUCCGCUUGCACCGGCUGCUCCCCGGGCACCAGCGCACCCGGCGCUCGCCAAGGCUUUGUUCCUCGCCUCCAGCUGCGUCCGCCGGCCGUGACUGCGCCAGCCUCGGGGCUUACCCGCCCCGCCCCGCGGUCCUUCCUGCCCGGUUUGGCCGGGGCGGCGAAACCCGAGCGUCCAGCUGCAGAGCAUCCUUCAUCCGCCCAGUGCUGCCGCCGCCCAUGCUGCUGCCGGUCCGGGGCGGCGCUCCCGCGGCCAGAGCCCGCCGCUCGGUGACCUCGGCCUGGCCCUUGCGCGCCGCCCGAGCCGGGCCCGCUGAGCCCCGGGGCCCGGAGCGGGACGCGCGCCCCGCGAUGGCUCGGCUGGCGCAGCGCGGAGUCGGGUGCCCGCCGUCCGCCCGCUGAAACGCGCCCGGUCGGGGACCGGCGGGGCCUUGGCGCUCCUAGCCUUCGCCUCCCGGUCCCGCCCUUUCCUCUUGGGGUACUUCGCUGCUGCUUCCCCGGGGGCGAAGGGACAGGGGGCGAGACAAAGCCCACUUCGUGCGGGGAGUGGGCCGCGGGCGUGGAAUGUGCGUGUUGGCGCGCGCCCCCUCCCAGCGCCCCGCCAGCUGCGAGGCCUGGCUCCCGGACUCGUCGCGUCGGAGAAAUCGCCCCCCACCGUCGCCUUCCCGCCCAGGGGUCGGGGCCCGAGGCUGACCAGGCCCGGAAUCGCCUCAAGCCCCCUGGGGCGCGCACGGGUCCGAGCGUGCGUGUGUUCUGUAGAAGAAUUUGUUCUCUCCAAAACUGGAACCCGGGACGUCCAGUCGGCGUGGACAUCCGUGCCUUGACCCUUCCUCUCUGCCGUCGCAGGUCUGAGCUGUUCGGCCUCAGUUUCCCUCCGACUCGUCUCCUUUCAGCCAGCCCAGAUUCCUGCGGGUCAUUGUUCUCGCUGUCAGAUGGAGGUGCUUCUUGAAGGAUGCCAAAUCGGGGCGUGUUCUCUUUAUCCCGUUUUUCAAACAGAACAGGGCCUCUAAGGCUGACCCCGGGCAACCAACCCCUUCAGCCCCCCACUCCACGUUGUUGCACUGAUUAUUUUUUUUUUCUUAUUGAGUAGUAUUUUAUGGUACAUGAGCCACGCCCUGGUUUCUUAAAGGCGCCCUGCACUCUGUUUGACCAUGUGUUAUCUCUGCAGCUGGUGCGGGGGAAGCCUCUUGUGAGCCACCUAUUUUCCCUGCCAACUGAUUCAUCCUCCCACCCCAGUCAAGGAUUUGGGGAUGCCAGGGGGGAAGAAGGUAUUGGGGGGUGGCAGCAGUGGUGCUGCCUCCACUGCUGCUGCCACUGCUGCCCCCUCGGGGGCCAGGCGUUUAGAGGCCAGUGAAGGGGCCUCAGCCCAGAGAGAUGAAGAGCCGGAGGAGGAAGGGGAAGAGGACCUGCGAGAUGGAGGUGUCCCCUUCUUUGUCAACCGGGGUGGGCUGCCUGUGGACGACGCCACCUGGGAAAGGAUGUGGAAGCACGUAGCUAAGAUCCACCCCGAUGGAGAGAAGGUGGCGCAGCGGAUCCGUGGGGCCACUGACCUGCCCAAGAUCCCCAUACCGAGUGUGCCUACGUUCCAGCCGUCUACACCCAUCCCUGAGCGCCUGGAAGCUGUACAGCGCUACAUCAGGGAGCUGCAGUACAAUCACACAGGGACACAGUUCUUUGAAAUUAAGAAGAGCAGACCUCUGACAGGGCUGAUGGACCUGGCCAAGGAAAUGACCAAAGAGGCUCUGCCCAUCAAAUGCCUGGAAGCUGUGAUCCUGGGAAUUUACCUCACCAACAGCAUGCCCACCCUGGAACGCUUCCCCAUCAGCUUCAAGACCUACUUCUCAGGGAACUACUUCCGCCACAUUGUGCUGGGGGUGAACUUCGGGGGCCGCUACGGGGCCGUGGGCAUGAGCCGGCGCGAGGACCUGAUGUACAAGCCGCCGGCCUUCCGCACCCUCAGCGACCUGGUGCUGGACUACGAGGCCGCCUACGGCCGCUGCUGGCACGUGCUGAAGAAGGUGAAGCUGGGCCAGUGCGUGUCCCACGACCCGCACAGCGUGGAGCAGAUCGAGUGGAAGCACUCGGUCCUGGACGUGGAGAAGCUGGGCCGCGAGGACUUCCGCAAGGAGCUGGAGCGGCACGCCCGCGACAUGCGGCUCAAGAUUGGCAAAGGAACUGGCCCUCCCUCUCCCACCAAGGACCGGAAGAAGGAUGUUUCCUCCCCACAGCGGAGCCAGUCCAGCCCCCAUCGCAGGAACAGUCGCGGGGAAAGGCGGCCAUCGGGCGAGAAGAAGCCUUCCGAGCCCAAAGCCAUGCCAGACCUCAAUGGGUACCAGAUCCGGGUGUGAGGCGGGCGGCAGUGCCCCUGGCCUUGCCCCGCUCCUGGGGGCCAUGACCCGCCUGCUGGAACUAGCCUCGCCUGUGAGGAAGGGGGGCUGGUGAUGGGGCAGGGCAAAGGGCAGCAGGAAGAGUAUCCAGCUCAGCCACCCAAGCUGCUCCCUCUCCCACUGAGCCAAGCCCCCUAACUUUGGGCCAAAAGGCAGUUAGUAUUUUAUUUGGAGUUUUAUCUCCACAACUGAAGUUUAAGGUAUUUGGGGAAAAUGGAAAAUUAAUGGAAAGGCCAGUGCUUAAGAGGUCUAAGUGCCAUGGGGCGGGGUGGAGAGGAGUGGCCAGCUGUGCUGGUGCCCUUGCCCUGACCUCUCUGGGAUUUGGGUCCAUCCUAUCCAUGGGAAAUGUCCCAACUCCUUCAGGCCUGAGGCAGGGUGGGGGUCAGGGGUUGGGAUGAGGGUAUUUAUGCAGGGAAAGGGAAGCAGGGUAGGUCUGUGUAACCCAUAAAUCAGGAGGGCAGCUCUGUGUGGACCGCCACUGCCUUCUGGCACAGCCCCACGCUGCAGAUGGGCUCAAGAGCCCAGGAAAGAACCCGAGUGAAGAUGUUCCUAAGCCGUAAUUGCCCAGCCUGGGUGCUAACUCUAGCCCGAGGGGCUCCUGCAGAGGGGCUGGGCUGCACAGAGGGCCCAGAGUUGCAGUGAAGUCAGCAUGUCUGUAGGGAGAUAGCAGAUCUGGGUGUGGGUCCAGGAACCGUGGCUGGGGAUGGGGCUGCUCCCCGUCUUAUUACCACAGCCCCUGCUGGGAAACCAAGAUCAGACCAGGAUGCUUGUGCCCCAGGCCACCUCUGACGUUUAGCAGCCGGACUUGGGGCCCUCAACUGCAGUCAGGCCUGUUGCCUGGGGCACCUGGUCAGGGCCACAGCAGGGAAGCACCCAAACAGUUGGAGUCAUCCACACGCUGCUCGUCAGGCAUAAGACCCUGACAUGGAAGUGAGAGAAUAUGGAGAGAGGUUGGCAGGGCUGGUGGUAGGGGCUGGAGGCUCAAGCAAUAAGGAAGUAUAGUAGCCAGUGAAGAGGGACAGAGCCCAAGAACUGGGGGUGUAAGUGAGAAAGGGAUGUGAGAGAGAGUUGAGGACCAGGCUGCUUUCAGUAGUAGUGAGCUUCUUACCACUGGAGGCAUUCAAGCAAAGACUAAUGGCUAUUUGAAGCUGUCAAGAGGAUCAGGUUAUGGAAAGGUAGCUGAGUGAGAUGGACAUUGAGGUUUCUUUUUACUGAGAGGCUGAUUCAGGCAGGGGCAGCUGUCUGGUAAGGCUACUGAGGGGCCAGGCAGGUAUGAGAAAGAGCACUGCAGGGCUGUGUGGGGACUGUGGCGAACUCAAGAAGGUAUUCGCCAUGAAAGGGGUCACUGCUUCUUGGCUUGUGUCACAUAGCAGGCCCUGCAUUGCCAGAUCCUCUGAUUUUUCACAAGCCAGAACUCUGAAUUUUUUACAUGAAAUCUGAUUUUCAAAUGUUGGCAAUCAAUUAAAAACAUUUAAAAUCCCAGCACCGGCAAAAAGAGAACACCAGUUUGCACUCUCCAGAGUCGAGAAAGCUUGUGCUGGGGGGAAGGAAGUCCAGUGAGGGGCUUCAAAGUAGACAGUAUGAGAGUUCUAAGUGUCCUCAGGCCGAGCUGGGCCAGGCAAGGGCCCUGGCAGCUAAAGAGCAGCAGGAGGCGGAGAAAAGCUAAGGCUCCUCCCAGUGCCAGCAACUACCCUGUGUUCAUCCCACCUAUCUCCCUGCAGACCAGAGACCCUCUGUGGUUGCUGUGUCACCAAAGUGGGGGUGUGGAAUAAAGAUAGUGCAGCGCUCGGCCUGCCAGGGAGGUGGAUGGUGCCUGGGAAGUAAAAAAAAAAGAAAGGCAAGUAGUACAGGGCUCUCCUGCCCAUCAGGGAAGCCACCGGAGCCCGGCAGCUUUUCAAACCAGCAGCUCUUGAUCCAGAGCCAGGCCAGUCCCUUGCCUUACCAGGCUCCUCAUGGGGUCAGUGGGUCCUAGGGAGGUAUCUAACCACCCCCAGAGCUUCACCCCGACCAGGCCAAUCAGAGGGGCAUUUUGACCCCUGACUCACUGGCCCAUCCCAUCCCAGCUUGCAGGGAGUGGGGAUGGUGGUCCCCACGUUCCCAUGUUAGCCUAAGGCAGAGAUGGCUCACUUUGGGAGGCCUCUGGGUGGAAAUCAGGCCCUAUCUGAGUCUGGAUGUGGGUGCUUGUGGGCAGCUGAUCAGAGGGAAAUGGCCCUAAGAUCUUCCAGGGUCUUUCCAGGAAGGCCAGGCACUUAGGGCACUUGAGGGGAAGGGAUGUGAGCGGGAGCCAGGACUUGGUCAGGGAGGCAAGGAAGAAGCUGCUCCUGGUACCCGAGCCCUAGAAGCACGCUUGCACCCACAAGCUCCUUCCCUUAACCCUUGGGGAGAAGCAGAAUGAGGCCCCAGCCCCUCUUGCUGUCUUCAAGGGAGAGAGCUGGUCACCCCAGACUCAUAAUCCCCUAGCUCUCACCCUCCCUGAGCCCGGACCCCGGGCCUGUGAAGACCAUCACAGGAUACAGCGGUGCUUUUUAAUUUAUUCUUAAAUGUUUCUCAUAUGUAGCAACCCCUCCUCCCUUCCUGGGCGUGUUUACACAGGCUCUGCUCCCUGGGGCUGGCCUGGCUGCAAGGUUUCUGGGGAGGCAGAGAGGUGGGGACUCUGGGGCCUUAGUCACCAUUCUUGGUAUCACUCAUCUCACUUCCUCUGAGGGAUGGAGGCCCAGCUGAUGUGGUUCCAGCUUCCCCUGACCGCCUUCCAGCACUCAGUGUGGGCUCCUCUGCCCCCGGGGGUGGGGGCCUGGGUGAGGAGGGUCACACUGAGGUCAGAGAAAGCUGCUUGGCGACAGUAGGUCAGGAUAGGGGUGAUUGCAGGGUCUCCUCAAAACCUGGUUCCCUGUGCUCAAUGCCAGGAUCAGAGCACUGGGAAGCUGUGUGCAGAGCACCUUCCCGUCCCACCAGCUGCCAGUCUUCCCCUCCCAUGGCCUCACCACACACACUCCUUCACCAUGCCAGGUUCCCCAUCCUUACUAGGGCAGAGUGGGGAAUGCAACAGCCCUCUGGCCCAGGGCAUGCACGAUUAAAGCCUAGGGCGCAUGGAGCCAGGGCCAUGAGAAGCUGCAAGAGCCAAGAGGUUAAUCAUCUCUGGUCCCCACCCCUCCCAGCUCAGACUUGACUUCCUGACUCUGGGACUCAGUCUAGUUCUGGCUGAGAGGGGGCCCAGAGGCCUGUGUGCACAUGAGCACCUGGUUUUCCUGCCUGGAUUAUUUCCUAGCUUAGCUGCAGCAACAUCUCCAGACACACUCUGAAGUUUCUCUGGCAGGGAUGUGUGUUCUGGGGCCCAACAUAUUGAUGGCAUUCUUUGGGCCAGAGCUCAAGUUAGUUGAAAUCCCUACUUCUUGUUUCCACUGAAAAACCAGUGUGAAGGGCAGGAAACAGUCCUCUGAAGGAGUGUGAGGUAGGAGGUGGUGAAUUGCCCCUAGCAGGUACCACCUGCCUCCUACCCGCUUUCCCGGGGCUGCCGUGGUGCUAGUUGCAAGGCUGUCAGUAUUGACCCCUCUCGCCCUGUCUUGGUGCUCUGGAGGCCUGAGUUUCCCUUUUUCUUCAAGGCUGAUGAGAGAGAAGAAACUUGGGUGUGUAUGGUCCAGGGGCCUGGUGAUGAUGGACCACCACCUCCCUUAAGCUUUGUGUUUGGCUGCUGUGUUGUACUAGACUUUGUUCUUCCUGUUCUCAUAUCAGUAUUGCCCAUUUGCUCUCACUUUUACAGUUUGUCUCAUUCCUGUCCUCACUUUUCCCUUGAAGUGAAUAAAGUCUCCCCAGCUCCAGUCGUGUCGGCUGGGCAGAAACCACAACA